AUGAAUGAGAAUACCAAAAGUCAAUCAAUUGAUAGUAGUGCGACAACAACAGUAGUUGGCGGUGGGGAAUCAACAGCGUCUUUCUCCACUCCUCAAAUAUCAGGAAGAGAUUCUACAUCGUCGGCUGCUCCGGAAGAAAAAUUUUCAGAAGUUAGACUUACAUUGCUAUUAGUUUCCGGAAAACGACACACAUUCGAGUUUGAACCUAAUGAUACAAUAGGAAAUGUGAAGAAACGUGUUUUCGAGGAGUGGCCUAAAGAGUGGUCUGACGAAAUUCCAGCAGCAGCUACAAACCUAAAAAUAGUUUAUCUUGGUCGAUUUCUAGAAGAUGUGUCAACUCUUGAAACAAAUAAAAUAUAUGCCGGGCAAACUACAAUUGCCCAUUUGACAAUUAAAAACACAGUAUCUUCGGAUUCAGAAGAUCCUAAAUCGGCAGAGAAUGCACCAAGGUGUCAAUGCACAAUCCUGUGA